AUGGACCCAUACGCCGCACUCAGCGAGUGGCUGCCGGGCCUCAAGCAGGACUCAGAGUGGUCAGCAGAAGAGUUGCGCGCCGCCUAUCGAGCCGCCCUCCUCGCUUUGCACCCGGACAAGCAGGCUGGGCGGUCAGGAGCUCUCGCAGAGGAUGCCGACGAUAAGGCUCACCGCCAGGAAAGGUGGGAGGCUGUGCAAGCCGCAUGGGCUGUCCUGGGCUCGCCGUCUGCCCGUGCCGCCCACGAUGCUGCCACAGAGGCUGGUGUCCGGGAGAUGGCCGCUUUGGCAAGGCUGUCGGACGAGAUCAACGUGGCGGACAUGGCCUUUGAGGUCCGCGACGCGGGCGCCGAUCUGCUGUACUCGGCGGAUUGCCGGUGCGGCGGCGCAUACACUGUCUUGCAGUCGGUGCUCGACGAUGCGCCUCUCGCCCUCGUCCGCUGCUCCUCCUGCUCGCUCACCGUCCGUAUUCGCGACGACGGCUCCGGCGACGAUGACUCGUCGCAGACGUAACUCACCCCUGCCUACACGCCUUUUACUAGCAACAACGCCGGUCACGGUCACGAUGCAAAGCCGAGGAUGAGCUCGUUGACGCGGUCGGCGGCAUCGACUUGGACCCAGUGCGAGGCACCGUCGAUGAGCUCGAUGCGGACGUCCUUGACGUAGCGCUCGAUGCCGGCGAGGAGCUGGGUCCCGAGCGCCUUGUCCUCGGUGCCCCAGAUGAUGAGGACCGGGAUCUGCAGCGGAGCGCGCAGCGCCUCGCGCAGCCGCGGCGACGGCACCGCCAGAAUCUGGCGGUAGUAGUUGAUCAUCGACUCGAGCGCGCCUGGGUGCGAGACUGCGUAGCGGUAGGCAUCGAGGUGCGCGUCGUUGAGCUCGUCGCGCUUCUGGUAGCCCAUGGUCCGCGAGGUGAACGCGCCCGUCACACCCUUGUAGUUGCGCUGACUCAACAGCAGCUCUGGCAAGUACGGGAGCUGGAAGAACCCAAUGUACCAGCUCAUCUUGAUCUGUGCCCAGUCAGCAUUGACGACAAAGCUACGCGGGUGCGGUGCGUUGAGAAUGACGAGCCGAUCGAUGAGCUCCGGAUGCGCAUAGGCAAAGAACCAGGCGACGACGCCGCCCCAGUCGUGCGCAACAAGGACAACCUUCCG